AAUUGCGUUCGGCAUUCCCCGUCUGGCGAACAUCUUGCCAUCGCGACAGGCACCAAUAUCGAAAUUUAUUAUUUAGCCACAAAGGAACGCAUCGCAAUCUUCAAGGGACAUACAUUAGACAACUACUCACUCGCGUGGACACCCGAUGGUACACGCCUUCUCUCAGGGGGAAAUAGUCAGGAUCCGACCAUACGGGAGUGGGAUACAUCCACUUGGAAGCAGGUCGGUGAUCCCUGGACGGGCCACACGAGUCAUAUCCACUCCAUUGUCAUUCAUCCUACGGGCACACACAUCGCUUCCGCAUCUGAAGUCAUCCCCGACGUACUGCGUCACUUUCUCCAUGGACGGCAGGCAUAUCCUCAGCGGAGGUGGAGAGAACAUGAUCUCGCAGUGGGAGACACCCAAGGGCGUGAAUUUAGAGAUUCUCUCCGUCAACAAUACCACUGCCCGCGACGCAUGCAUCGCGGGGGACUUAUCUACCGCUGAAAAAUUAUUCACUCAAGAGAUUGACGCCGAUGCAAAAAAACACACCUCGUAUGCCAAUCGUUCAUUUGUCAUGGCGCGAAAAAACGACUGGGACCACGCGCUUGACGACGCAAAAAAGUCCGUCACCAUCCAGCCCUCCUUGACAGGUUAUAUCUCUAAGGGAAUUGCCCUAUGCGGAAAAGGGCAGAUCCGGGACGCGAGGACAGCAUUUGACGUUGCCUCCAUUUUCACGAACGAAGAUUCAAAAACCAUCCAUUUCCUUUUCUUGGUUAAGGCCGUAGCACUAUUUGGUGCAAACCAACAUCAGGAGGCAAUGCAGCUCGUCCAACAGCUGGCUGCAGCUUGUCCGAAUCACGAUGUUCCUGCGUAUCGUGUCGUGGAGGCAUACCUACAUGUUCAGCUCGGUAUCAAAGCCUUGAAUGGCUUGCGCCACGACGAAGCUGCUGACCACUUCGAUGACGCUAUCAAUUCCGGGGCUUUCUCAUCAGGAUCGGUCAUUCAUUUCGUAUACUACAACGACUUGGUGGUGCUGUUCAAGUUGGAUUUCGAGCCAUUGUGGCAAAUUGCAAAUCAGAACCGGUGUGAUGCCCUCCUCCGGGCUGGUAGACUCCAAGAAGCCUUGAAAUCAUAUGGAGUUACGAAACCCAGCUGCGCCGAUUGGUCCACUGCUUUCACGCAAGAAUGCAGCAAGCUAUCUCGUGACGCCGGAUGUGCAGCCCUCGCCGCACGAGACUACGACAAGGCUAUUGAGCUAUACUCCAUGGUGAUCGACCUGAAUUCUGCAAUUGACACCGACUUUGCGAAACGUAGCGAGGCCAAGUCGGGCAAAUUGCUAUGGGAGGACGCGCUUCUUGAUGCGCAAAAGGUCAUCGAACUCAACCCUUCGUCUCACGUUGGGUACGAGGUGAAGCAUGCAGCGCUUCAUGGAGCCCAGUGCUAUGAUGAAGCUAUCGAGGUCUUCGACAUGAUGAUCUCGAAAUUGAACAGUGCUACUGACAUGCAAAUGCGAAAGCUGCGCAGACAGUAUCUCAGUCUCUCCGAAGCCACGAGUGAUAUUCGAAAGAUCAUGAGCGAUCAACUCAACGCUGCCCCGCUGCGUCUACUCAACACCGCCACUGGACUCUUAUGCGACCGAGGAGCACAGUUUGGCGCCUUUGAAACAACAAUAGACUACAAGAAGCUUCUAUUGUCGACUAUGAAGCACCCUGACCUUGGAACGGAGCACAUCACAGACGCGGUGGCGACGUACUUCCGUUGCGUUAUGUUAUCCCAUAGAUGGGACGAAAAGGAGCCGCGGUUGCAGGACAUCAAGGACCAGGAUGUAUACAAGUUGAAGGCAGGAAAUCUCGUCAAGUUGCAGUCGUUCUGCGACAUGGCUCGUAAGGCAGAGUAUCACUGGGCGUGGGUCGAUUCUUGUUGCAUCGACCAGCGCGACAACGGCGAAGUCCAAAAAUCACUGAACUCUAUGUUUGGUUGGUAUCACGACUCAGCGCUCACGGUCGUUUACCUGUCAGAAGCUUUGCCUUCGUCCCAGCCCGGUGCGCUGGCGAAGAGCUCAUGGAACACCCGAGGAUGGACUGUCCCCGAAUUCCUCGCACCUAAAGUCAUUCGCUUCUACCAACAGGAUUGGACUCCAUAUCUCAACGACCUCUCCCCCAACCAUAAGAAAUCCGAGAAGAUCAUGGGUGAAUUGGAGGAUGCGACAGGCAUAGAUGCCCGCGCCCUUGUCGCCUUCCAACCUGGGACGAGAGACGCUCGGGAGAUACUCCGAUGGGCGUCUACGCGCGUCACCACCGUGCCGGAAGACAUCGCGUAUUCAUUGUUCGGCAUCUUCGGCGUCCAACUUCCUGUCAUUUAUGGAGAGAAGAAGCAAAAUGCACUCGGGCGGCUCCUGCAGGAGAUCGUGGCUCAGUUGGGCGACAUUACUGUCCUUGACUGGGUCGGGCAACCAUCCACAUUCAACAGUUGUCUACCAGCCGACAUCAUUUCGUAUGAAGAUUCAGCGCACAAUGCGCCAUCUCUAUCCGAAGAUGAGAUUGAGUCAUUAAUCUCCUUACUGCGAGAUGCUGUGACUUUAGAGUCGGCUUCGAGACUGCAUCAGACACUCGAAAGCUUGGGCGCUCCCCGUUUUGCGCACCACCGGUUGCAUCUUCCUUGCAUUGUAUUCCCUGUCACAGAAGCCACGCGGCGCUCUGGUACUGGUGGAGGCCAGAAGACCUCUACGUAUACAGUCAAGGCAGUCGGGCUCGAUGACCUCCAGAUCACCACAACAGACAGGUUGAUUCCGUUCUCGCGGGCAAGGCCCGCUCCACAGCCAUUCCUUCUUGUCCGUCCAUGGGACCGCCGUCUCCUCGACCAGCAUGACUCUGCAGAGCAGGUUGAUUUUGUGGAUGAUGCGGAGAGCUCUGGAGAUGAAGAGCUGGAUGAUUCGAAAUCUCACUCGCGAGCCUUGCGAUUGAUGGUUAGCCUUGGGCAGCCAUUCGGCGCAUUUUUACUCGUACAGCAGCGCAAGGGAGCAUAUGAAAGGAUCGCAUCGGAUCGUGAUAUCAUUGCACAGGUCAAUGAUUUGGCUUCUGUCAACAACAUGAUGGACGUCAGGACCGUAGAGAUAUGGUAGCUGUAUGUGUUGUUUUUUUUCAACGCAGCUCUCGUUUGUCCCUUGACGAUAUACAUGCAUAUACAGAUACUUCAUGAUUCCUUCAAAGCAGACGUACGUUGGAUACCUAUUCAUUUCAUGAAGCACUAGUAUUUAUCUGUCUUACACCAUUUAUGCCCUUUCGUCUCCC